AAAAAAAAACAUAAUAUUUGUUGAUGGCAACAUUUUUGUUUUGCUGUUUCCUUUUCCGUUUCUAUUCCGCUUUGGUGUGCGUCGAUUUAUCUUGUUAAAUUAAUAAAUAAAACAUUUUAAAGAUUUCAAACGUUUUUAUGUUCUUUCCCGAACAUAAAAUUGGUGCCGAAACCCGGGAACAUAUAAAUAUAAUCUCAAAUUUAGUAAAAAACACAAAAUUGUUAAAAAAUAAAAAUCCGACGCCGUGCCGUGCCGCCAUUUUUGACGCCAUUCAAGGAAAAGCUUUAUAAAACACGCAUACCAACAAUUCGGGAAGCCAAGGCAAUAUUAUAAUUAUAAAAUGGCGCAUAAAUCUGCGAUUUCAAAUGAUCCAGCAUUCCAGAGAACCAAACUAAUAGCCCAAAUUGGACAAUUUAAAGGGCAGCUAACAAGGGCGCAAAAAUUCGCCAUGGAACAACAAGAACAAGUACUCGUCGAUUGCGAAUCCAUCGAGCUACGAAUUAAAGGUCUCCAAGAUUCGCUGGUUUCUUAUAGAAGCCACAAAUUGAGUUUGCAGCUUCUAGAUGAUAAAAUUGACGACUCUAAUUUUGAGGAGGAUGACUUAGAAGAACUGUGCUUAUUUACAAUAAGCAGCAUGAAGAAAAUAUUAAAUUCUGCGAAGGGGCCUGAAAACCACAAUAGCACGAUUUUUAAGGAUACCACGCCGGAGUAUAGCGCCAUGACCAGGAAGUUACCUCAGCUUGAAAUACCAUACUACGAUGGAAAGGAUGUGGUGCAGUACAAAACCUUCAUGGAUAUGUUUAUGGCAGUAAUCGGUGGUGAUACUAACCUUGCUCCUAUACAAAAGCUAUUCUAUUUAAGAAAAUAUUUGAAGGGAGAUGCGCUAAUGCUGGUUGAAGGUCUACCUCUAGUAAAUAGCUCUUAUGAUGAUGCAUUAAGGUUGCUAAAUAAUAGAUAUGACAAUAAAUGUAUUCUAGUAACUCAUCAUAUUAAUAAGCUGCUAGACAUACAAGCAAUCUCUAAAGGUACUGCGCAGAACUUAAGACAGUUUGUUUCAUCAGCUCGUCAACUACUAGGAGCUUUAAAUGGGCUUGGUCAAAAGACGGAGCAUUGGGACAUGAUAGUUAUUACCAUUUUAAUGAGAAAGUUAGAUUCUUAUUCUUGCAGGGCUUACUUUACAGAUAGAAACCAAGAUGCCUUACCAACCUUGGAUGAUUUUUUCAAGUUUGUGGAGAAGAGAGCUUUGAGUUUUGAAGAAAGUCAGCAUUCAGAAGCUUCAAACUGUUACAUAUGGUGUCAGGAGUUCCAGUUUUCUCGCCACGCGAUGCCUGGUUGAGCUAGCAAUAAGGUAUGGAGACAAGUAUCCAUUAGCAGCCAGCGUGUUGUUGAAUAAUACCUAUGUCGAUGAUUGUCUUUUUGGGUCUUACAGUAUUGAGCAAUUAAAGCAGGUAUGUAAUGAAUUAAUUACUUUAUUAAGGCUUGGAAGCUUUGAGCUACAUAAAUGGAGCUCAAGCAGCAAUAAGGUAUUGUCUGAUAUUCCAAAGGAUAAGCAAGUAUUUUCUGAACAUCAUCAAUUUGAUAACAAUGAAGCUGUUUUAAAGGCUUUAGGAUUAUCUUUAGAUAUGAAAAAUGAUCAAUUUAGAAUAUGCAAGCCAGAAGGUAAACUCCCUAAAGAGUGGACGAAACGAACUGUCUUAAGUUGUAUUGCGACAUUUUUUGACCCUUUGGGCCUCGCUGGCCCUAUUGUCACAAAGGCAAAAGAAUUUAUACAAAAACUAUGGAUUGAAAAACUGUCUUGGGAUGAUCCACUACCUGAUAAAUUGUUAUUAUCUUGGAAUAAUUUCUUUUGUGAUUUAAUGAAUAUGGAUCCCCUUAUAAUAGACCGAAAUCUUAAAAUAUGUAAUGCUGACCAUGUAGAUCUAAUUGGCUAUUGUGACGCAUCAAAUAUUGCAUUUGGCAGUUGUGUUUAUAUAAGAGCUAUACAUGGAAAAAUGGUGCAUGUAUCAUUAGUUUGUAGUAAAUCAAGAAUUGCCCCUGUUAAUGCAAAAAUAUCCAUACCGAAACUAGAGUUAAAUGGUGCAGUAUUGCUGGCCAAAUUGUUUAAGAAAAUAUUAUCAUUAUUUCAUAAUGUUAAUUUUAGAUAUAAGUAUUUGUUUACUGAUUCUCAGAUAGUACUUUGGUGGUUGAAAUCUGAUAAUAAGCCACAAUAUAUUCAAAAUAGAGUACAUACUAUCAAUGAGUUAACGAAAGAAUGUAAUUGGUUUCAUGUUAAUGGGUCAAACAAUCCGGUUGAUUGCUUGUCUAGGGGUUUAAAUCCCACUCAAUUGGCUUCUUGCCAAAUUUGGUGGCAAGGGCCACAAGAACUUUAUGAUGUAAAUUUCAUUCCCAAAGAAAUUAGUUUAAAUAAGGUUAUAUCAGACGAUAUUGAUGAUCUCAAUGUUGUUAAUUGUAGCAUACAACAAGAAAUGUUUCCUAUUUCAAAUGUAUCAACGUUAACUAGGUUGCAACGUAUAUAUGCUUAUGUUCUUAGAUUUAUAAAUAACUGUAAACUUGCCAAAGAUGAUAGGAAUUUAAGAAAUCUCACUGCUUCUGAAAUUAGAUACUCAAUGUCACGCUUGAUUGUGUACAUUCAAUCUUUACACUUUAAUCAAGAACUUAAAUGUAUGGCAAAAAACAUACCUAUAAAAACAAAUGUUAAAUCUCUUAAUCCUUUCUUAGACAAAUUAGGGAUAAUGCGCGUUGCGGGAAGGUUGGAAAAUGCCAAUGUGCCUUAUAAUCAAAAGUAUCCAAUAAUUUUACCAAAUAAAUGUCAUUUUACAACACUUAUCAUACGCAAUGAGCACUUGUCACUAUUGCAUUCAGGAUUAAAAUUAACUUUGUCUAGUUUAGUGCAAAGGUAUUAUAUUGUAAGUGCAGUAAGAGAAAUAAAAAAGGUAGUUCAUAGAUGUACCAUAUGUUUCAAAUUUAGAGCAGAACGGGCUAGCCAAUUAAUGGGAUCACUACCUGGUGCUCGAAUUACUCAGGAUAGGGUGUUCAAUCAGAUUGGAAUGGAUUAUUGUGGGCCAUUUCAAAUUAAACAGUCAACUCUUCGCAGAUCCAUUAUUAGUAAAGGCUAUGUGCUAGUAAUAGUUUGCUUUGUAACUAAAUGCAUUCAUUUAGAGUUAGUAUCUGAUCUCACUACUGAAUGUUUUUUGGCAGCUUUUAAAAGAUUUUGCUCCAGGCGAGGAAUCCCAGCUACCGUUUUCUGUGAUAAUGCAUCAACUUUUAAAGGUGCUAAUAAUAAGUUAAGGCAAUUAUAUCUUUUGAAUAAUUCUCAAGUCCACAAGGACAAUGUUUCAGAUUUUUGUACAACAAGGGGAAUUGAGUUCAAAUUCAUUCCAUCUUAUAGCCCUACUUUUGGAGGACUUUUUGAAGCUUCUGUUAAACUUUUUAAAUACCAUUUUAAGCGCGUUAUUGGAGAAAUUUGCUUCACAUAUGAACAGUUCUACACAUUAAUGGUUCAAAUUGAAGGAAUAUUGAACUCAAGACCUUUGACAUCAUUAUCACAAGAUGUUAAUGAUUUUUCUUUUUUGACUCCGGCUCAUUUUUUGUGUGGAGCUCCAAUAAAUAGUAUUCCUGAACCAGAUUUGACCUCUAACAGUAACACAAAUAUUUUGAAGUUCUGGAGAAAAUGUACAAAGAUCCAACAGGAUUUUUGGAAGGCGUGGCAUAAAAAUUAUUUGUCUCAGCUUAUAUCACGGCCCAAAUGGCAUAAGGCUAAGCAGAAUAUUAGAAUGAGGGAUUUGGUUUUAUUAAUUGGAGAUAACUGCUCUCCACUUAAAUGGCCUGUUGCUAGAGUCAUAAAUUUAUAUCCAGGCUCAGACGGUAAAGUAAGAGUAGUGGAGGUCAAGUAUGGUCAGAGUGUUCACAAACGAGCCAUAAACAAGGUAGCUGUAUUGCCAAUUUAUGAUGAUUAAUAAGUUUAAUAUUAAGAAUAUAUAUGUGAACGCUAAGUUUAUUAGUUUAUAAUUCAGGAGCGAUUAGUUUUAUUUUUUUGCAAGGCUCCUCGCCAAUUUAUGUUCAAUUAAAAAAAAAACAUAAUAUUUGUUGAUGGCAACAUUUUUGUUUUGCUGUUUCCUUUUCCGUUUCUAUUCCGCUUUGGUGUGCGUCGAUUUAUCUUGUUAAAUUAAUAAAUAAAACAUUUUAAAGAUUUCAAA